AUGCUACUAACAUUGUUAUGGCUACCUAUACUUCCCAUAACAUCCUCAUCACCAUUUCAAUGUUAUUCAUGUGGUGUAUUUUUGAGUGCUCCAACAGCAACCUGUAAAGGUGAACCAAAAAAAAUAAACUGUACUGGUAGUGGAAUUCGAAAUGGUUGCAUUUCAGUUACUGCAUUAAAUACAGAUGGUUCAUACUACGUUGAAAAACGAUGUGCAGAUUCGGAGGAGAGAAAGCUAAAAGAUGGUGAAUGUGUGAAUAUGAAUGUCUGGAAAUUGAAAGAGAUGAGGAAGUGCUAUUGUGCCAAAGAACUGUGCAAUGGCCAUUCAGCAACUGCAGUCACCACCACUUACCUAUUCGUUUCAAAUUUGUUCAUAACAUUUCUCAUAAUUUGUUUGGUAAAUAAAUCACUGAUAUAA